AUGUCACAGGCCAGGACUCCUAAGGCACCUUCGUUUUCCCAGAAGAACCACUCUGGUGAGACGUGUAGUCUGGGCUUGAGAAGUAUUUUUCACUUGUCUGAGCGUGAAGAAACACAACACAACCAGAAAGUGUUCGGGUGUAGAAUAUGUUUGAAACGAUUUCAUUUUAGUGCAAACCUCCAAAAACACCAGAAGCAGCACAUGGAAGAGAAAUUCUUCAGUAAUGCUGCAGUCAGGGCCUUGUUUGUGAAGAGCUGCAAAUGCCAUGUGUCAAGGAAGCCCUUUACCUAUGAGGAAGUUGGGAAAGACUUUUUGGCCACCUUGGGACAUCUCCAGCCACAUACCACUCACACCAGGGAGAAGCCAAACAGGAUUGUCCAGCGUGAGGCAACUUUACAAAGCAGAGAAAGUCAUUACAGCUGGGGAGAAUGCAAGAAAGCCUUCAGCCCGAAACAUGCACUUGUUCAGGACCAGAGUGUCCUCCCUGGAAGACACUGUUUUGUGUGCAGUGAAUGUGGGAAGACAUUCAGAAUUCACACAGGAGAAAGGCCUUUUGAGUGCAGUGAGUGUUGGAAAUCCUUUAGUCAUCAAUCUUACCUCACUCAACACUGGAAGGUUCAUAGUGGAAAAAGGCCUUAUGAAUGCAGUGAAUGUGGGAAAUCUUAUACUUCUCACCCUGAGUUCACACUGGAGAUAGGCCUUAUCAGCGCCGUGAAUGUGGGAAGUCUUUUUUCUCUGGUUCCAACAUCAAUAAUCAUCAGAGAGUUCACACAGCAGAAAGGCCUUAUGAGUGCAGUGAACGUGGGAAAUGUUUUUCCUGUAAUCCCAUCCUUCAUGAACAUCAGAGAAUUCACACAAGGAAAAGGCCUUAUGAGCGCACGGAAUGUGGGCAGUUCUUUAGAGCAAAUUCUUCUCUCCUUGAACACUGUAGAGGUCACACUGGAGAGAAGCCUUAUAAAUGCAGUGAAUGUGGGAAAUCUUUUUCAUCUAGAUCUGGUUUCCGUUAUCAUCAGAGAGUUCACACAGGAUUGGGGCCAUAUGAGGGUAGUGAAUGUGGGAAAUCUUUUCCCCAGAGCUCUGCACUCCUUCAACAUCCGUGUUCACAGAGGUGAAAGGCCUUAAAUGUGUGGUGAAUGUGGGAAAUCCUUUACCGCUAGUUCCACCCUUUGUUAUCAUCAGAGAGUUCACAAGCAAAGCCUUAUUCGUGCAGGGAAUUUGAGAAACUCCUAAAUAAUUCACCUUAUUAUACAUGGUAGAAUUUGCACUGGAGAAAGGACUUGAAUGUGCAAGGAAAUGUGUAAUUUUCUUGUUCAGGGUAACGACACUGGAAGAAACUGAGGAGCCACCCACCUGAAUUCAAUCUCAUGCAUCCAGUUGUCCACAGGGGGAGAUACCCCUUACGUUUCAGUUAUGUGGGAAGCAUUUGUGGCUGUAUUGCAAUUUGUAACCUGUCCAGGGCUUUUCCCAGAUUUAUGUCACUGUCUGUUUCUGUGGCUGUUUUACCUGUAACACCUGGCAGGUCCACACAGUGUGCAUCAGUCACCAGCCCAGUGUGCUCAGGGAAACUGACCUCUGUUCUUCCAAGUGUUGGAGCAAACUAGGAGUAGGUCAGUCCCUUCGGGGUUGGUGUUCCCCUCUCUCUGACUACGUGUACAAAAGCCUGAAGGAAUGUUGGCCCAGAGAACAUCAUAAUAAUUCAGCUGACCAUGUGCAGAGAAGGACAACCCUUUUCAGGGACAUGUUCUCACAUGAUCAGUUUUUCCAGCUAGCAAGUCACCAACCCAAACUGUGCCACACAUUGUUUUGGUUUGUAUAAUACGGGUGCCUUACUGUUUAAGGCCUGUUUUAUUUUGGGAGUUCUGUGCACUGCAGGAGGUUUUUUAUAAGGAGAUUUGGGCACCACAGGCAUGGGCCUCAGGGAGGAUAGUUCGAUGGCAAAAAGUGGCUUGCCGUUUUUGGCCAAAUUUGCAUUGGUGCCAGUGAAGUCAUAGGAGAGAGGGCAGGGCUUUCUGAUCCUCAUUUGAAGCCUGGAUGCUGUGAGUUUUAGGAGACUCGGACAUCACCGUGAAGAGGCGUGAGAUGUGACAACCUCAAGUUCUUGGAGCAGCAUGAAUUUUUUCCCCUGUUCACAGGGGGUAUCACAAGAGAUGUCAGCACUGUUGAGAGGAAGCUCCUCCCUUGGUUUUGCAAGGAGCAUGUGUCCUGAUAUCCACAAUUCCAUGGGUGACAGUCACUGGGUGUAAAACUAUAGGGACCAGGGGAAACUGAAACUGCUACAGAAACUGGGUUAGUAGGGAGCAGAGGAGACAGCAGCCAGCUCAUUGGAAUGUGCCUCUUCUAAAAGUGCAUCCACAGAUGUCUUUGUGACAAUGACAGAUGUGCAGGAUCAGCAUGUACACAAAUCUCAGGACCUCCAGGCAUGUUUAUGUUGUGUAGCUGAGGUCAUUGUCAGAAGAGAUAAUUGGAACAUUCUGUGCAUUUUUGUAGCCUCCCUGAAGUCUUCGCCUCAAGGCCAUUGUUGCAUAGGCAGGAAAAGAAAGGUAGAGAAAAGUAGUCCAGGGAUGAAUCUCUUGUGAGCCAGCCAGCAUUCCUGUUGACUGAAGUGGGAAUGUCCUUUAUUACUCACCAGUAUUUGCUGCCACUGAGGCAAGACUGACCCCCAUAGGGCAUGACUAGAAAGGUGGUGGAGCAAGUAUAGGGUUGCCAAAUCUGUUUUCCAAAAAAGUGGGACGUACAGAUUGUCUUAGCUUGAAGUGUUUUUUAAAGCUUUAUUUAGGUGUAAUAUACAUGUAGAGAACUGUACAUUUUUAAAGUGAAGUAUUUGAUAAGUUUUGACAUACACAUGAUACCUGUGAAAACAUCAUCACAGUCAUGGUAAUGACCAUAUGUGUCACCAUGUAUUUGCCUGAUUUCCUUUUAUAAUCUGUCUGUCCCUGUCCUUCACAGCCCUCCAAGCAACCAUUGAUUUAUU